UGCGCACACUGCCCUCCGCCGGGCAGCUGCCUGCCCUGCCGUCAGGUACCGAUGGCGGCCAGCGACACGGGAGCGGCCCAGCAACAAAUGGAUGAGAUUGAAGCCCUUUCAUCCAUAUAUGGUGAAGACUGGUGUGUUGUUGAUGAAGAUGAAAAAAUCUAUUGUAUUAAGAUUAAUGACUGUCUGGAUCAACCAAAAUGGACCCUCUGUCUGCAGGUGAUUUUGCCGCCAGGAUAUCCAACUGCAGAGCCACCUAUUUAUCAACUAAAUGCCCCUUGGCUUCGAGGACAAGAUUAUAUGGAACUAGCAAACAGCUUGGAAGAAAUAUAUGUACAGAACCUUGGUGAAAGUAUACUUUAUUUAUGGGUAGAGAAGAUACGAGACGUUCUGAUAGAAAAGGCACGGUCUUCAGAUCCAGAACCAGAUAUUAAGAAAACCAGUGAAGAAGUUGAUGAAGGUGAUGGAGAUGAUUUUCUCCUAGACUGUCAGCCCAUUCAGGAAGACCCAAUUAAAAUGUUAAAUUACAUUACAUCUGAAAGUCAAGAAGGAGAUGAAGAACUACCAUCCAUACAUCAUGGAAACCCAAUCACAGACCGAAGGAGUACUUUCCAGGCACAUCUGGCUCCUGUGGUGACACCCAGACAAGUAAAGAGAGUUCUUGAAAAACUAUAUGAGAAUAAGAAAAUUGCAAGUGCUACCCACAACAUAUAUGCAUACAGAAUAUACUGUGAAGAUAAGCAGACAUUCUUACAGGAUUGCGAAGAUGAUGGGGAGACAGCAGCAGGUGGACGUCUUCUUCAUCUAAUGCAGAUUUUGAAUGUCCACAAUGUGUUAGUUGUCGUAUCCCGCUGGUAUGGAGGUAUUCUCUUAGGACCAGAUCGUUUUAAACAUAUAAACAAUUGUGCAAGAAAUGUACUUGUGGAAUACAACUAUGUACCUUCAGUGGUGCUUUGAUGCACUGAGUAUGCAUAGGAUCAGUGCAAAGACUCACAAAGAACUUCCCGAUAAGUUAGUGACCUGGUUUGUAAUCAUAAAGUGUGCAAUAGAAGGCUGCCAGCAGUUGAGGACAUUGAUCCAGAAUGCAAAUUUGUGGGCUGAGGGAGGGUGGGAAGGUGAAAUGCCUCUUUCUGUGCUUUCAGAAAACUGGAAAUAGCUGCAUCUUGUGCUUACUUGUGCCACCAGUUCUAGUGUGUAGGCAGACUGAGUUUGGCAAUCGCUGUAACUAGUCGGCAUUUAAAAUAUUGAAACUUCGUUAGACCCAAAGAAGUUUUCAGAAUUAUAGAUCAGAUUUAAAGAUUAUCAGAUUUAUCAGAUUUUUAAAAAAUUAAGACUAGAAGAAUUCAAACAAGGUAACAUUAACUUUUACAGAAAGGAUUAUGGGAAAAUGUUUCAAGGGAGCCUCAGUAACUCAGGAGACAAAGUUCCAAAUGUCUUUAAAUGGCAUUUUACUUCCUAAGGGAUUUGUGUCAUUUGAUCAUCUAAUAUUCUUGUUUUCCAACAUUUCUUUAUCCUCAGAACAGUAUAUUAAUUAUGUCAAUGUACAUUAUGGUAUGUUAUUGCUAACAGUAGAAAGUUUAAGACAGUAGGAAAUAAUUACAAAUGGCUACUUGAGAAAGUAUCCAACUGUCAGUUUUCCUUUUUAUAUGAAAGUAUCUAAGAUUGCUGUGGCUGAAAGGUGAGCAUUCUUCCUCCUUCUUCCCCCUGCACUUCUCAGUUACUUGCUUAUUGCAUUUUAGAUGUGCUUCUGUGUACUUACUGAUUUACCUUCUUGGGCGUUUAUCAGUGUUCUCUUAUUUGAAAGUGUUGCUCAUAAAAUAAAAAGAAACUAACAUGACUUUUAAGUAUUUACCCUCACAAGAAGGGUGAAAGUACUUAUGAAAAAAAAAUUAACAACUUAUAUUAGACUGUAUUUCUUUAUUGUGUAUUAACAAGUGUAUUUUAUUACUGAUGUCCAUCAGGAAAAUAACAGAUAGAAUUUAUGGUAAUUAUUACUCUAGUAUCAUAGAUGUAGCUCUUGGGAAAAGUAUUCUUUUAACUAAAUCUCUUCAGAAUAGCAGAGUUCAAACAUCCUGUUAGGGUCCAUUUCCGUCCCAUGUGCAAGAGGUAGAAGGGAGUAGAUUAAAAUGUGCCAGAUUCUGUCAGAUGUAGUGACAGAUUCCUUCAGCUUUUUGGGGAGUGCUUGCAGUGAAUGCCUACUGAAGAAGAGUCUUGUUUUUCAAGACAAUGGCAGUCAGAGUAAACUGUACACAACAAUGUUGAUCCAGCAAGACUGGCAAGAUUUUGUUUUUCCCAGCAUAGGUUUGCUUCCCUUAAGGAAGUGGUUUUAAUGUGCUGGUGUACAGUAUAUUUCUUGGUAAGGCCACAUCCACACUAGGAGGAGUUCUACAAUAUAAUGCAGAAGUACUCCUAUACUGGUAACCUCUUCCUUGAGUGGAAAUGACUUAGAUUAUUUUUACAUUAUAUGCAUCUGUUGGCAUAGCUGUGUCUAUAAUUUUAUCAUUGCUGAAGGCAGAAGUUUCUAAAUAGCAAGAUAAACAGACAAAUUAAUGAAACUGAGUGGAUAAAUCUUAUACAACUCAAAACUUUCAUAAAUCCCAGUGAACUAUGCACACUGUUCAUAUUAAAAAUAAUUCCCAUGGGUGACCUUGAGAGUAUGCUCACGGUGUAUAAGCAUGUUUAAACUUUUAAAUGCUUGUUUUUCA